CUCUCUCUCUCUCUCUCUCUCUCUCUCUCUCUCUCUCUAUCUCUGAUCAUUUGUCUGAGAUCUUCAUUGCUCGUCAAGUAAUGGAGGCAAUAGCAAAGCUGCCACCUCCAUCAGCUGGGAACGUUGUCACUAUUCUCAGUAUUGACGGAGGUGGGGUUAGAGGGAUCAUACCUGCUAUCCUACUUAUGAAACUAGAGCAAGAGUUGCAAAAUGUUUCUGGAGAUAAGAAUGCGAGGAUCGCAGACUAUUUGGACAUAAUUGCGGGAACCAGCACAGGUGGAAUCAUCACUGCAAUGCUUACAGCCCCAGAUGGGAACCAUCGUCCAUUAUUUUCCGCUCCACAAAUCAAAGAUUUCUAUAGAAAGGAAUCCCCACAAAUUUUCCCCCCGAAGAAUUGGUUCAAAUCUAUCUGGAACUAUCUCUACAAGCCCAAGUACAAUGGAGAGUAUUUGCAUAGUGCUAUACAGUACCAUCUGGAUGGAAAAAGGCUGCAUGACACGUUGACUAAGAUUGUAAUCCCAACGUUCGAUAUGAAACAAGUCCGACCCACUAUUUUCUCAAGCUUGAAGCUAAACACAGAGUCCAACGUCCCUGCUGGCUUAGACGCCUUGUUGUCAGAUAUUUGCAUUGGAACUUCAGCUGCGCCAACCUAUCUACCACCUUAUCCUUUCAAAAAUGGUGAAACAGAAUUGAAUUUGAUUGAUGGUGGUAUCAUAGCCAACAAUCCUGCAUUAAUUGCUAUCAGUGAGGUGACACAACAAAUAACAAAGAAAAAUCCAGAAUUCUCGGGCUUUGAACCAAAUGAUUAUAAGAGAAUUGUGUUGGUGUCUUUUGGAACUGGAUUCAUGAAACCUAAUGUUUACAAUGCCGAAGAUGCAAAGAAAUGGGGUAUUUUGAAAUGGGCUAAACCAAGUAUUGAAUUUGCUCUUGAUGGAAGUCAAGACCUUGUUGAUUAUCAUCUUGCAUCUGUUUUCCGCGCCCUUGGAGCUGAGAGCAACUACCUUCGAAUUCAGACAGAUGUAUUAAGUGAAACUAUGGCUGAUUUGGAUUGCGCCACUGAGGAGAACUUGAAGAAUCUUGAAACGUUAGCAGAUCAGUUGCUAAGCCAACCCGAGACGAGGAUGAACUUGGACACCUUCAAGCUUGAACCUGUACCCGGUGGUCCAACAAAUGCAGUGGCCAUUAAGAAGAUGGCUGAGAUACUUGUGAAAGAGAAGAGCGAACGUCUGGCGAAUAUACGCACUAAUAAAUAAGUGAAGUCGCUAUAUAUGGCAUUAAAGUGGUGAUAUUCAUAUGGGAGUCAAUCAUUAAAGUCGUUCUGUAAUUUCGUGAAGGCUUCAAUAGUGUGAUGGUGUUAUUUCAUGAAGUCGUUUUGUUACCUUGUCGAUUGUUGUGUGGUUUAAUGAUUAUGUAAUGGCCAAAGAGAAUAAGUAGCGACCCUUAGGUCGUGGGUUUGUUUGUGAUUAAAUAUUAUGUUACCUUGUUGGAUUGCAGUCGUACGUGUGGUAUGGUUUUUAUACAUUGUACUUUAUUUUAAAUAUGAAUGCAAUAAUACGAAGCCGUUACUGUGUG